GUGAAAUGAGUUGGAUGAAGUUGGGGGGUGGAGUGGGAUUCCAAACAACCCAUAACUUCCAUUUUCAGCUUGACUCUUCCAUUUUCCAUAUACAGAGAAAAUUAAGAAAAUGGGGUCUUCCAUGCAGAAAAUACCCAUUCAUGAUGAUCGAACCAACGAUAGCUUUGUUGUGGACAUGGAACACUUCCCUCAUCAUCUCUUGGAGAAAGACCUCUCCCAAAAUUCAAAACAUUCUAAGUUGCAGAGAAGCCUUUCAAGAAAAGGAACAAUGAGAAUCAGUGAGAAGAAAAGCAAUCCUAAAGGAUCAAACGAGAAUUGCAUGGAAACUUCAUCGAGAGGUGCUUCACAUGAUGAGUAUCCAACCACGCAAGAAAAGCUAAGGGAAGUGACGGUGGGGGCCACCGAUAACUGCGCUCCCCAAGUCCUCCAUAAUCAGAUAACAAUCACGGCAGGCGGCGGCGCCUCCCCGGCGGCACAAAGCUUACUUACCGGUGUCCGACGGUUAAGCUUCAGGCGGCUGCCUUCAUCUCCUCGUCCUUGGACGGCCGCUGUCAUCGAUCCCAGAAGGAUUCUUCUCGCGUUUGCCACCCUGUAAGUCUACACAAGUGGCCAUGAAUGCAUACAUCUUGUUUAAGAGCUCAAUUAAAUAAUAAUCGUACUCGGGUAGUAUCUAUUAUUAUAAAAAUAAUUUUAUUUUAUUACGGUAUUUAUCAUGUUGAAAACUUUCAAAAAUUGAUUUUAGUGUAUUAAUAUGUAAUACGAAUUGAGAGUAAUUGAUGAUUAUUAAAGUUCGUCAAAUUUGACUCAAAAAAAUCAAACUGACCUGGACCU